AUGGCCCGUUGGAUCGUCUCCAUCAACGCGACGGCAGUGGCCAUGGCUUCGGGCGCUGCGGUGCCAAGCCUGGCUACCUUUGCCAACACCACCUUUGCCAACGUCGACGAACCCACCAAUGACGGCGGUUCGGUCGACAUGGCACAAUACCUUGACAGCGACAGGAUCAGCCGAGUCGAUGGUGGCUUGAUAGUCGACAACCCCUUCUCCGUGACAGGGCAGGGAUAUUCUGGCCAUUGA